AAGGUGAAUUCAGAGACUUGACGAAGGACGAAGGCAGAAAUACUACAAUUAGAGAGUCUGCCAGCUUUGUUGGAACCCCAUCUAUCUGAUAAAAGAAAAUAAAUUCAGUGAUGCUGCGAAAUCAACACAACAAGGGUUACAGAAUUCUCUCAGGAAGGAAAAAGAGAAAGAAAACAAGACAGAGGUGGAGUGCUUCAGACACUUUCAAACAAAUAACCUAUGUAGAAGUAUUUGACCUCCUAUGGGCAGUGAAGAUUUGGAAGAGAAAGAUGAUACCUAAACUACCAAAGUCUGUGACUGAACUCGUCACUGAAGAAGGCUGCAAAGUCUACUUAGUUGGCACUGCACAUGUCAGUAAGAAGAGCAUAAGAGAUGUAAAGCAGACUAUCCAACAACUGCAGCCAGACUCGGUCAUUUUGGAACUCUGUAAUAGCAGAGUUUCAUUGCUGCAUUGGGAUGAGCAGAAACUGAUGGAGGCGAUGGAAACCGUGAACCUACAACUGCUGCUAAGGAAAAUAAAGGAGGUGCAGGUGGGUGUUAAGGUGGGGUUGUUGGAGUUCCUGUUCAUUAUGGGAGUCAACUUUGUUGUAGAAGAGCUGGGAAUGUUUCCAGGAGGAGAGAUGAGAGCCGCAUUCAAGGAGGCAAAAAAAGUGCCAUUUUGUAAACUGCACCUGGCUGACAGACCUAUCUUUAUCACCUUUAAGAGAAUUGUCGCUGGGCUUUCCCUUCAGGAAAUUGCUAAACUUGGCUUUGGUUUCAUGAGCCUUUUCUUUAUUAUCACGAAAAACAGGUGGGACUCUCAGCAGAAUAGUACUGGGACCCAGAAGAAACUAUUAAAGAAAGAGUUUGUGGAAAAGUUGAAACAAAGGGACGUUCUGGAGGAGCUGAAGAAGAGUAUAAGUAAACAUUUGCCUUCUUUUUACCACACUCUCAUUACUGAACGGGAUAUCUAUUUGACUCACAUGCUCAGGCAGGCUGCAAAGCCCAUCGAACGGCCACAAACUUCAAUAUCUGAAUCCACAGUAUUUGUACCAUCGGUCAUAGUAGGAGUGGUUGGAAUGUGUCACGUGUCUGGAAUUGAGAAAAACUGGAAUAAUGAAUUAAAUAUCCAAGAAAUAAUGAGCGUCCCUGCUCCUUCAUUCCUCAGUAAAACCCUGGGCGUUGUAAUCAGAGCUGCGUGGUUUGGACUGAUGUGUUAUGGAAUCUAUCAGCUUGGAACAUGGGUUCAUCAUUUCAUGCCAUCAUGCUCAAUUUUCCAUUAAACACACUCACAGAUCUGCAAGUGCAACAACAAAAAUGGGAGAAAAAAUACAAUGUAACAUCGACAUGACGCCAUUUGUGGCAACGUUUCACAUAAGCAAUUCUAACACGUAGCGUGGAAAACCAGUCUGUGUUUGUAAAUUAUAUCGAUUGGAUUGAUUAGGUGGAAGAGUUUUCAAUAUUUUGAUUGUAAAUACUAUCUGAUGUUACUUCGCAAAGUCAGUGAAGUAUGCUUAUGUCCUUACGAACUAUUUUAACAUUGUUCCUUCAUUCUGUUAACUUUUUAAACUGGAAUCUCCUGAGUAAACCUAUAUGGGACAUUUUUCAGUGUUUGAUAAUGAACCCUGUUAAGUAUGAAUUCAAGAUGAUUAGCGCUUUGACCUUUUUCAGCUGGGCUUGUACACGUUGUUAUUCAGAAGCCAGUUGAUUUUGAACACACAUUUUAACCUUGUUCUUUACAGAGGAUUUUUUUAAAUUCAGGAUGUGGUGCUCAGUUUUGAUCUCAGGUAUUUAUAACAAUGAGCCGAUGUAAUUUCAUUCUCUUUUGUACUUAUUAAAUUGCCUUCUAAACUGCAAUCCCAGUUAU